AAACAUUUUGCGGCGGAGUAUUUAUUCAGUUUCCUUCCGCCAUGCAGCCUUUCUUGUCAUUAUUGCUGGCUCUUCAUGUUUCGUUGUCCACAGGCAACAGCUUUCAGAAGUGGACGGAUGCCCAUGGCAAAGUCUAUCAAUCAGAGGAGGAGAGGCAUUCCCGCUCAUUGAUUUAUGCAAAGAAUCAGUUGUUGGUGGAGAAACUGUCCGUUGCAGACCCUGAUGUGGUUUAUGAUAUCUCUGGCCCUUUUGCUGACUUGGAGACUUCCGAGUUCACUUCGAAGUUGAUGUCCAAACGCACGGUUCCACAGAUCUUGGAGGAGCUUCGUGAACACUCAGAUCAGCAGAGCUUGCCAGACUCCUUCGACUGGGAGCCGAAAGGCCUUGUCGCGCCAGUGAGAAAUCAAAAAGCCUUGGGAUCAUGCUGGGCUGUGUCAACAGCAGAGACAGUUGAAGGACAGCUGGCCAAGGCAACAGGCAAGCUGGUCCCGCUGUCACCAGAGCAACUGAUCGAAUGCGAUGCAAGUUCAGACAGCACCUGUGCAGGUGGUAAAGGCUGUGCCGAUUGUGGGAUGUUUGGUGGAUGGCCAUACCUGGCAUAUCAAUUUCUCCAAAAGGCUGGUGGUAUGUUCAGCGAAGCAGAUUGGCCUUACUUCAAGGAAGGCAUGUUUCCUUGCAUGCCGAAAGGUUAUAGCAAGGCCCUCUGCGGAAACCAUGAUGAUCUUUACUGCCGAGCAAACUCGACCAAAGGCCAAGGGCCUAAGGAUCUUUGUCAUGCAACCAGCGGCUUCACAACACCGGUUUCUGGCUGGCGCUCCUUAAGCCGCAAUGAGGAAGAACUGGCAGCACAACUCAUCCAGUUUGGACCGGCGUCCGUUCUGAUCGUGGCAGAUGGUUUGCAGUUCUAUCACUCUGGUGUUUUUACAGGUGGUCUCCUUGGCUGUCAGCCUGACCCCUCGGAGGGCAUCCUUGGCUUAGACCAUGCAGUGCUGAUGGUGGGCUUUGGCAAGGAUCACGCCCUUUUUGGCCACAUCAAGCCUUAUUGGAGGCUGAAGAACUCCUGGGGCACUUCUUGGGGUGAGCAGGGCUACUUCCGCCUGGAGCGUGGCACUGGCCGUUGUGGGGUGAAUCUGGCGGCCACCGUGGCGCGAGUGGAGACUUCUGUGGUCGUAGUCUGAGGAUUUGGGUUCAUGUGGAGGAUGAAGCGGAGUUCCCUGCAGUGAGGAAUUCAAACCUGUACAUAGCGUGGCCAAAUAAGUGUCACUUGUGCAAUGCCGCAGGGGAGCAGCAGGGUCAUGGGUGCCGACAUAGAUGAUACGGGGCUGGGUAUGGCUAGGUGCAGAUUUUGCAGGUGUUCGGCAUGUACAACUCCAUUCUGACUGGCGAAGGGUUCAGUGAUGCAUUCUACUCCUUUCUCUGAGUUGGAAGAGAAUUAGA